GUGUGUGUGUGUGUGUGUGUGUGUGUGUGUGUGUGUGUGUGGAAAAAAAUCAAUCCAUUCCAUUAGUAAAGGCUUUCAAAGCAUUUUUAUGUGAAUUUGAGCUUAUAUACAGUACGUGCAUGCUUGGCAGUGGCAGACAUUCAUGCACUUGCAUAAAGAGUUUUUCCGCAGUUCUAAUCUUGUGGUGGUUUUUGUAUGCGACCUAAGAACAAUCCCAAAGUUCUAGUUUUGAGACACACAUGCUUGCAAGAGCAGUUGCAGGCUGUUGCAUAAGAGUUUCAUUACCUCUGUAUUUUAAUUUAAACACAGAUGAAUGCACACACACACACACACACACACACACACACACACACACACACACACACACACACACACUAGGGUUGUCACGAUACCAGUAUCGCGAUACUGCUAUAUCUGAUUUUCCAUGGCAAAAAGGAAAACCCAAGGCAGACUAAACUCGUUGUAGCUGCUGUAUCUAAACUGUUGUGUGCUAUAGCUUGGACAAUAAACAUGUGAUUCUGGGUGACAAUGUCAGGCUGCUUGUUUCCAAAUUUAGUCCACUUCAUGCUUUGUUUCCUUGUCACGAUACAUCUGAGUAUCACAAUACUGGUAUCGUGACAACCCUCACACACACACUGUGUUUGUUGCUAAAUAUAUACCAUGGAUGCAUAAACCGCGUUGAAAUGUAGUUAUUUUGUGGUUACUACUAGACACUGAAGACACUGAACUUGACAUUUAGCAGGUUUUCAACAGAGGGAUUGACUACUGUAGCUCAGCGCUGACAACUGGAUCCCCUUGUGAAGACAUUACUCUAUUUCACAGUAAAACCCCGACAUUACAUUCUGGUUAUUAGAUGGUUAUAGCUCAAUAUGAUUACUUUCCAUCUCCCUGUCUCUGUAUAACCACUUUGGUACUUGAGCUAACAUGUUUUUUUUUUUGGGGGGGGGGUGUAGAUUAGUUCCAGCCCAGUCAAGGAGCUAAGUCAGGGCUAUAACUAUCACUGGAUUAGAGUGUAGGACAGAAAGGAGACCCGUGUCGUGUGUCAUUACGUUCCAGCUCCAGCUUUAGAGUUGAUAUUCAUAGUGAUGCUGGAACUUGACGACCUCUACUCUCUCUACUCAGUCAGCAGUUUACUGUGUGAUGAUGAUGAUGAUGAUGAUGAUGGGCAGAGUUUUUCCUGACUCCAGGUUCUCGUGAUCUACCUCGAUUGUGUGAGAGUUGCACAUUGAGUGCCUAUUGUACUGUAUGUAGCCUGUGCUUGGCUGCACACCACAUUGACUGGGUGGGUAGAGUUGUGGUUCCGGGGAAUGAGUUCCGUAUGUGUGCUGUUGCUGCCUGGGUACAGUAGAUGGAGGGGCCCCUAGCCUGGAGCCCACCUACAUUCACAAGUAUGUUUAUACUUUCAAAGGUGGCCAACAAAAUGCAUUCCCCUGGAUAAACAGCCAGGAUGCUGCUCCAGUCAGAGAACAAAAGACAAGCCAAUCACACUCUUUUAAUGAGAUGAUGCCACACUGUGCCAGCAGCACACAGUGGAAAUGAAUCAAUUUACAGGGAUUAACAGCAAUGAGGGUAGCAUGGUUAUUGGUUACAGCAGAGGUUAAGUGGGGGUACAGUACAGCCCUGAGUGAGGUUUUGUUGGGUGCUGAUUUGGGGGUUUGGGUAAGACGUCAGCUGUGUGCUGCACAGUGAUUUGGGCGGCACCUCUGCUGUGCCUUUGGCUUGUUCCGAGCUGUUAGGGAGAGGUGAGGUUGGAGAGACGUGCAUCCGAACAUUAACAUAACAACUUUGCUCUAUCUAAACUUUUGUAACGAGAGAGAGAAUUCAGGAAGUUUGUGUUUUGGAGAGGUACCAUAAUUACACUUAAAAGCAUCAGUUUGACAUCUUAAACUCUCAACGAAACGUGUAUUGUCUGAAUGGCAUGUUGACUGGACGUCAUGCUUGCCUCUUGGCUCAGACAGCAGCACUGAACAUAGUUGGCAAAGGAUUUAGAAUUUGCUAACUGAUUCCAGAAGCGGUAGCUACAGUGUAUGGCUUUGUGCUUCUGACUUUGGUCUCUAGGCAGAUGGUGGGACAGGACAGCAGAGUCCCUAUGCAGUGGCCUUCUCGCAGGGUCUCUCUGAUAGGUGUAACAAGUGAUCCAAUCCUGGAGCAGAGGUAUUUGACCCUCUGAUUACAUGGUUUAACCAGGUUGUCAUAUCCCAUACUGUGUUCUGCUGUACUGUAUGUGAGAAACUCUGAGAUGCAUACAGUGCCCAAAGGUUGACAACACUGACUACAAGACUCCAUCCAUUUUAGAUUCAAUUGAAAUCAAAUUAACUUCAUGUAUGUGUCCUCUGGGACAGAGGUUGUUGUAUAGUGCAGACAGACAGUAGCCUCUCCUGUCUUGAACCACCAUGUUGGCUAGACUGGAGGCUCUCUGUGGGGUGAUUUAGUGAAGGGGAGCAGAGCGGUUCUGAUGGCUUGAGCAGUGACCGUGCCCAGGUCCAGGAGACACAGAGGCGGUGUGACGCUCUCAGCUAACCCACUCAGUUACACAACAUGCAGACAGGCCGGCUGGCUGACUGGCUUUGUUAGUCCCUUCUGAAGCAUACCACUAGGCUGCUGUGGGAGCUCAGUGGGGGAAAAAAAGACUUACAGCGACUGUAACACUUCAUAUCGCCUUGUCCCUCUAUGUAAUUAUCUGAAUGAGAAAGGGAAGUGGUGUACUAUUCUUUUUGCUACUUGUUGUGUAGACACCACCUACUCUUUCUAGCCAGGCUUUGCUCAGCUAUUGUCGCUGUGUUGUGUGAAUGCUGGGGGAGAUGGCACAGAACUCCUCAUGUGGGAGGUCCUGUUCUCGGUGUAUUGAGAGCCUGCAUCUUUGCCAGCUAAAUAAACUGUUUUCUAUAUUAGGUAGAGAGCACUAGUAGUGUAUCAGUAGUGGGAUCUCCCAGGACAGUCUGUUGACACCCACUCUUGCCUGAAGAAUGGAUUCUGCCAACGUACUUCCCUCUUCAACAUGUCAAAGACACUUCCCUCACCACCACUGCCGUACCUUCUCCUGAACUCAACGGGGACGGACCCGAGGACACGCAUGUACCCUGUGUUCUUUGGUGAGAGCAUCGAGGUCAACCCCAAACCUGAAACAGAGAUCAAGUGUAACUCUGAAGUGAAGUACGACUCAGACAGGCACUACCGGGACCAGGUGUACUGCGCUCCCGUUCCCACGGUGACUUCCUACAGCGAGAUGGUGGUGGCCGUGCAGAACUGCACCUGGCGGCGCUACAAGUCCCAGGUGUACCUAGAGCCCCGUCAGAGGCCCCUGCACUACCAAAGCACCACCAUUGUGUACCCCAAACAUGCCAAGAACACUUACCGCACCACACUCAACUACAACGCUGCGGGUUCCCAACGGUGGUUUGUCUCCACCGUCCAGCUGAAGUCCAGGGAGGACAGCAGCCCCUGCAUCAUCUACGCUGAGGACCUCUAAACCUGAUCUCAGACCUGACCUGCCUGGCCAUUCCUACUGUUGUGGAUUGGAUACACACAGAGGCUGACAGACAGGUGGACACACAGGAAGACUGAUAGACUGACACACAGAGGGUGGUAGUAUUGCAUACUGUAUAAGGAAUAUUGUAGGGGGGAGUACAUCGAAUCACAAAGGCCUUUAAUGAGUUGUCUUUCAUGUUAAUUUGUCUUGUGAGGCAGAGCGCUGCCAGUCUGCUGCCUCUUCUCUGCAGGAACACCUCUGAUAGUUGAGCAUGACUCUGGGGGUUGAUGGUACCACGUUACACACCUUAUUUGACUGUAAAGAUUAAUUAUAGAAAUUGACAUAUUCAUGCUCAAAAGCUGACAUGUGAAUCCACACAGAUGCGUGCAAAGCAGUCUAAUAGCUUGAUUGCACUUAUUUUAACAUUGUGUAAAUUGUGGGUAUUCUGAAAAGGGGGGGGGGGCCGAAAAGAUUGGACCAAAGAUUUUGUUAC